AUGUCAAUUAAAUAAAAACUAUAUUAAACUUGGCAUAGAUUCUUAUAAACAAAUUUUAAUAGUUAUUUAAGAAGUGCACCUACACCAGGAAAAUAAAGAUUGUAUAAACAUGUUGAUAUAUAAAAUGAAUUUGAUAAGUUUGAAAAGGAAAGAAGAAAGUAGAGAUUAUAAUUAAUUGAAUAUAAGAAUAAAUUAAAAAAAAGAGUAUUAGAAAAGGAAAUUGCUUUAAUUAAAUAAUUUGAAUCAAGUUAAAUUGAUUAUGUUUCUACUAAUGCUUCACUUGAAAAUAAUAAUAUUAAUAAAGAUGUCACAAUGGAUGAAUAAAGAAGACAAUCUCUUAUUAAAGAAUUGGAAAUAAUCAAUAAUUAAUUGACUUAAAUUGAUAAAGAAAAGGAAGAAUUAAAGAUUUUAGAGAAUGAUAUUGCAGAAUUAGAACCUAAUAUGGUAAUUUUAAGAGGCAUUUAAAAAAAAACUGUAUUAACCAUGAUUAAUUAUAUUGAAUUUCAACAUAGACAUGUUUCAGGUUUGGUUUUGAAUCCAGAAACAAUGAAAAAUAUUGAGACUGUUCAUUAUCAUGUUAUGAAUAAUCUACCAAUUCAAAGAGAAAAACUUUAUGAAGUUGUUCCAGAAUUAUUUUAGGAAGAAAUUGGAGAAUUAGAUGAAUAUAAAUAAAAAUUAAUUUAAGAAAUUAGACCUACUUUAGAUGUAUAAGAGACUAGUGUAAUUUAAAUUAUUGAAAAGAGUAGAAUACCUGAAUCAAAUGAUCCUAUAGUUACUUUAUUAAAUGAAUAAAGAGAAAUGAUGAUGUUUGUUUAUAAUAAAUGUACUCAUUUUUGUAAUAAAUAUGAUGAUUGGAUAGAAAUGGUAUAUAUAUAUUUAAUAUUUUGUAUAUUAGAAAUUAAAAUAAGGAUUUCCAGAUAUUGAUGCUAUUAUUGAGAAUUUGUUAUUGAGAAAAGAUUUAAGUGGAAUAGAUCUUGAGGUAUAUGAAGGAUAUAAAGAAUUAGAAAAAAUAAAUGAUGAUUAUCAUGAUCUUUUAGAAUUGAAUAAAAUUAAAAUUAGAAAAGAAUAAAAUAAAUUAGAAAUGCCUCCUUUUGUUGAAUCUCAUGAAUUAUUAAGAAAAGUAUGGACAGAAAAAUGGGAAGCUCAUGUUAAGAAUUCUCUAGAUUUUUCCUAAUCAAUAUUAAUUCCUCAUAAUACUUAUGAAUCUAAAUUAGAUUAAGUAUUAGCUGAUUAUAAAAAGCAUGAUAUAUAAGAUUUGAUUGAAUAAUGUAUUAAAAUAUAAUUUAAAUAAAUCUAGCAAAUCAAGCUCUUAAAGAGAAAUUAGGAGGAGAUUAACCAGUUUAAUAUUAUGAUAGAAAAGAUAAAGAUAUAAAUUUAGUCAAAUAAAUAUAAAUUUUAGGAGAUAUUAUGCAUUAAAUUCCAACUCAUGAAGAAGAAUUAAAAGAAUUAUAAAAAAAAGCUGAAUAAUUUGAUAAAUUAUAAAUUGAUGAUAAAACAUAGAUAUAUAAAAGUGAAGAAGGUAGAAUUUUAUUAACAGAACUUCCUAAAGUAUUACAUUUAAAUAAUAAAGAUCCAAAAUAAGUAAUUAUAAAUCAUAAUUUAGUAUAAUUUAUUAUUUUGGGCUGAACACUUUAAUAUUGAACCUUAAAAAUUGAGAAAUAUCUUCAACUUUAUACAUUAUCCAAUCCUAGAUUAAUAAAAUAAGGAAGAAAAAUAAAAGAUAUUAAAAUUUAUAUAUUAAUGA